UCUCUCUCUCUCUCUCUCUCUCUAGCUGUCAUGGGUACUAUCUCCAACCCAGCAACGAGCUAUUCAUUAAUGGAUAUGUGGUUUGAUUUGGACGAAGCAUUGACACUGCCUGAAGAACAUAUAGGAGGUGCCUGUGGCGGUGGGAAUAUAAAUAGUAAUGCAACUGGGACAGUUAACACUUUGGUAGCCAACAUGCCAACGGUGGCUGCAGUUGAACUUGAAGCUGCAAUUUGCUCAGUUUGUGCUCAAGGUUUUUAUCAUGAUCAAUGUUCAGAUGAUGAUGAAGAAGAAGAAGAAGAAGAAAAAAUGAAUGGUAUUGCCAUUGGUGUUGAUAUAUAGCUUGCUAUAAACCCAAA